AAGAAAUAACUUCUUCCAAGCGAAGUUACUUCUAAAGUAAUAUCAUUUCCAUUAUAUUAAACCCCCACACAUACUUUCUCCUUAGUAAAGAGAAAGACUAAGAGGCUGAUCAUUGACUCAGAAUUUGUAAUAUGGCACAAGAAUCAGCUUCUUUCGAUCUUGUACAGGUAGAUGAUUCCUACUUCUCACUAGUGUUUGAUGAAAAAGAAGAUCCGAUUUUGCCUGUAUCUGAUGAGAAGUAUGCAGAAGAGUUGCAGUUCCAAGAGGCCCUUAUGGGCUCUGUGAUCACUUCCAAAUUGGCCAACAAUGGAGCCUUAACCUUAUUGCCAUCAAUGUCAACGCCAACGCCAACAAUACAAGCAAUUUUUCCAACCCCAGAACCAGAGCUAGCAAAAGAAGCUGGGGAAUCAUCACAUAGCUUCUGUGAGAUUUGUGUGGAAAGGAAAGAUAGUGACCAGAUGUUCAAAACUGAGAGCUGUGUUCACUCAUUUUGCUCUGAUUGCAUUGGCAAACACGUUGCCACAAAGAUCCAAGAGAGCAUAACCACUGUUACUUGCCCUGGAUUGGACUGCAAGGGUGUCAUAGAACUCGAUGCUUGCAGGGCAGUGCUUCCGAAAGACGUGUUGGACAAGUGGGACGAGGUGCUAUGUGAAGCGCUGUUUGGUUCCCAGAGGUUUUACUGUCCUUUCAAGGAUUGUUCAGCAAUGUUGCUGAAUGAUAAUGAAGAAGGAGAAGCGAUUAGGGAGUCAGAGUGCCCGUUCUGCCAUAGAUUGUUCUGUGCGGUGUGUUAUGUGCCUUGGCAUUCAGGGGUGGAUUGCGAAGAGUUCCAGAGAUUGAACGAGGAUGAGAGAGGGAGGGAUGAUCUCAUGUUGAGGGAGCUUGUUAAGGAGAAGAAAUGGAGGAGGUGUCCCCAUUGCCAAUAUUUUGUGGAAAGGACUGAAGGUUGUUUACAUAUGACUUGCAGGUGUACUUCCCAGUUCUGCUAUGGAUGUGGAGCUGAGUGGACUAGCGAUCACGGUGGUUGCCAGAGAGAUUAAAUGUCUAGAAUGAAUCAUAAUGAAGAUGUUAUCACAAGCACUGUACUAUAAGUAUUGGAAACUCUGGAUAUAUUACCUCUUUAUUUUGCUUUUAUCCUUGGUUAAUUUAUGAGAAAAAUGCUCAAAUUUGCAUAUAAAUCUAUUAUUCAAAUUCUUCUCAUUAAUUAUUGAGAAUUCACUCUACACUAUUCUUAGCCUCUUGGACUAUUAUACAUAAAUAAUAACUCCAAAAUCAGAAUCUAUGCUAAAAAUGAAGUUGAAUGCAAAGUCAAAGAUCAAAAUCAACACACGUCAACGGUUGAAUUAAGGUGGUCCUUGUGUGGCGUAUGAUCGGAGAUUGAAGGAUCUUGGUGCGUUAGUGGUUUUGCCGUUUGGGGAGUUGCUGCUUGCGUAACUUUGGAUAUGCAUGUUGUAUGCAUUCUAAAAGGGGUAGUGUGUGUAUUUUCUAUUUCUUUGAUGGUGGGAAACUUAUAAGAGUGUUCUUGUACUAAUGCUCAUGUUUGUGUUAUUUUUCUAUACUUAUAUACGAACCUUGAAUUUAAGAUUCA